UGUUCCUCACUCUGUCCUCUUGUACACAGACGGCUGCUGUGGUGGUGGCAUGGCGGUGGAAGAAUCCACCACGACGGCCGACGAUCCGAUCAAAUCCAUAAAAAUUUGAUCCCUUCCACGGAUUCCUAGCUCAUCGAUCGACCUUUAUAAAACCUCCUUUUCCUCUCUCGAUUCCUUUAAAUUAAUCCUGUACGUUCUUUCUUGAUCGUUGAAGGAGCUCGAUCGAUCAGUGCUAGUAGCUAGCUAUACGUCCUCUGUGAUUUCUUGCAUGGCGGAUUCCGACAACGAGUCCGGCGGAAAGGGCGGCGGUGCGGCAGGUAAGGAGCAGGACCGGUUCCUUCCUAUCGCGAACGUGAGCCGGAUCAUGAAGAAGGCGCUGCCGGCGAACGCGAAGGUGUCGAAGGAGGCGAAGGAGACGGUGCAGGAGUGCGUGUCGGAGUUCAUCAGCUUCGUCACCGGAGAGGCCUCCGACAAGUGCCAGCGCGAGAAGCGCAAGACCGUCAACGGCGACGACCUCCUCUGGGCCAUGGCCACCCUCGGCUUCGACGACUACGUCGAACCCCUCAAGACCUACCUCCAGCGAUUCCGCGAGACAGAAGUCGACAAAGCAGCAGUUGGUGCCUCCUCCUCCUCGGGAAACGACUUCGGCGGCGGGAUGAUGGAAACGAGAGGCGGCGGCCGCCAGAUGAUCUACGGUCCGGGGGCACCGUUUCAUCCCCUGGGAAGCACUAGCGAAGGUGGAAGACACGGCAGAAUAUGAUCUGUAAUUGUGUUUAAUUUCAUUAAUGAAUUAAUAUUUAAUCCUUAAUCUUCAAACUAAUGCACUGUUAAUUACCUAAAAUAUUUACUUUUUUUUUUGAAAAAAAAUGUUGGAUUUAAAUUGUCAAAGUCAUAUCAUGUC